CUCAUCCAUUUACUUAUCAUGUUGCCGCUGUCACCACGGCCCGUACGUUAUUAAAACAACAAGGCGGUGAUAACUGCCAUGCACAAAAUCAAGACUAACAGAUCUUGAAAUGCGGUGAUAGUCUAUGACCAAGAAAAGAUUUUAAUUUCAAUCAAAACAAAAUUUGACAAAUCUCUCUUUGAGGAUAUCAAAAACGUUUCACCACUUCACGCACAAAUCAACUAACGACAUUUCGGACAUCGUACGGGCUAGAAAAAAAUAUACUUCCGCUUCAUAAUUUCGUCUCACCCGACUUACAAAUCUUGGCUAACCCCAAGACAGGUCAUUUAAUAGUUCUAAGAAUCUAUAAAAUCGUUGUACAGAUUAUAUUUUUCAAGAGUAUUUUACUUGACCGCCAGAAUGGCUAACCAAUCUGUUGAUGAUGUAGCAAAGGGGUUGUCGGAGCUGACAUUGCUGUCUUUUCGCAAAAUAGACGAUGUGAAACGUCUGGCGAGACAUUUCGGCAAUGUCAUCAACCACCCCUUGACGCAGGAGAAAUCCGCCCUCACUAACUACUUAAAAAACUUGAACGAGACUCAUAGAAGAGUGUUUCUUCAGAAACGAGAAGGGGUGGAAGUUGAAUACAUAUUUACUACGGAAAAGAAAAGCGGUCUACAAAGACAACGCUUUAACAGUCUUCCCGUUAGCGAAGUACCUGAGCUGCUUAAAGCGGAAUUCUUAUCUGCUGAGAAUGCGAAACAGGUGCAUAUUUGCAUCGACUGCAAUAUCGAAAUAGAAUUGAACGACGAAGAACCGUUGAUGGAGAGCCUCCAGAAGCAUUUCAAUCUGGAAGUGCAUCAGCCGAAGCUGAAGCGCGAAAGCGUUGACGUAGCGGAGCCUAUUAUCUUGCCAAACAUGUCGCGAAGGAUGUCCGCUUUGGAGUGUGGUGAAACGCCAGCCCAGAGUCUGGAGCAGAUCAUGAAUAUGGUUAAGCCAGCGGAGAAAUUGGAUCGUGCCUUCUCAGCUAAGUUGGAAGCGUCGCUGAUCCGACAUCUUCCGGACAACUCUGAAGCGAGCAUCGACGCCGCUUUAAAAUUCUAUCAGACUGCAUACGACAAGUUGUGCAAAGAUGUCUGCACCAUAGAUUUUUCCACUCAGACCAGCGCAGUCGCCCCUAUAAUCAUGAGCAUUAAGGACAACGUGUAUCAAAAUUUCGCGGCGGACGCUAACAAGAACAUCGAUAACGAUGAAAACGAUCAGACGCAAGAGAAGCCGGUUAAGAAUCAAGUUAAGAAAUACCGAUACUAUGGUCCUAUCGAGAAUUUCAUUCUUAAAUUGCUUGGCAAUCAUAAGCUGUUGUCUUUAGUCGACGACCGCACCGGAAAACUUGCUUUUUUCUGUAUGGCCUGCGAAUACUAUACGCUGAGAUUUCGUUACGAUAGCGUCUUGAAUCACGUGUUCAGCGAGACUCACAUUCAUAAUUUAUCCUGCAUACUGCAAGCAGACAAGCUCAUACCUUUCGUGAUGGACGAACGGUCCGUGGAAAAGAUUAAGGACUUAAAUCGUAAAUUCCUCUACGGGCACGAUGUUAUGGAAGACGCGAGCGGUUUCAAGUGUGGCCUUUGCAAAGUCCCGAUUGAUUCUAUUGAAGCUACAACUGUCCACAUUCUCGAUGAGAACCACUUAGCUCGCUUAUCGGAUAAGUUGUAUAGGCGAAUGAGGGCAAACAACCCUGAAGGCACGGUUCCCGAUGAAUGGGGCUCGAAAGAUCUCGACUGGACCAAGUUUCUGGCGAGCGUAGGUAAGCCUCAGAACAACAGAGACCACGUCAUCAUUGAGAACUUCAUAAAACCUUCGGGCAAGAUCGCCAACUACUGCACUUGCUGCGAUAUGACUUUGAAGGGCCCCCGACAGGUGCUCUUUAAUCAUAUUCGUCAGAAGAAGCAUUUGAGGAACGCCGCGCCUUUCAAAUUGGCCUUAUUGUACAAGAACCACUGUCGCCCGUCGGAAUACUACGCUAGCUUCGGCAAUUACUAUGUCUGCAUGCUUUGUCCUGACUACGUAGCUGUUCCCUCGUUCUCCGCCAUCGUUCAGCACUUUGAGAGUCCGGGGCAUAUUGAAACUGUUUCCAAAUUCGUUCGUACGGCUUUGUACGCUGACGUGAUCGACUGCGAGCUUCUGUCUGCGAACAAAAUCGCAUCGGGUGACGUCAUUAAAUGUGAUAUAUGCGACGUCACCUUCCAGGAUUACCAAGAGGCGGUGAACCACGUGCUGACUAAUAUUGAACACCAGAAUUCUAUCGCUGAAUUUAGAGUUAAUGAGAACAAAGGUGAUAUUAUAAGCGUUUAUAUGCACGGCAAUUACAUCCUCCACAACGAAGGCAACAGUUUCAACUGCGUAGCUUGCAAGGAAGUGUUCAAUUCUAUAAGAUCUCUACUCGCUCAUCUUAUCUACGCUGAACAUUUUGAAAGGAAACCUGCUUCCGAAAGCGUAUUCCGUUUCUAUUUGGAAUUGAAGCAUAAUAUAAGUAUGUUGGCUAGGAAUAAGUAUGUAUAUUAUGAUUUUGGGAAAUUGAAGUGCGGUAUUUGUGACGCCGAUGUGCCGGAAGGAGAGAAUGCAAAGAAGCAUGUGAUUUCCACACGUCACAGAGAAUUUAUGGGGGCCAGCUAUGUUAAUGUGAAUAUGGAUGUGUCUGCUGUAGAAUGAGGUAUGACUGUAAACGUUUGCCACUCCAAAGGAUACAAAAAAAAAACAACAUUUACAACGCGCUCUACUUUAAAAACAGUUUUAUUUGUAUUUGAAUGUUAAGGUUUUGUUAAACAUGCCGACUUGAAUUCUUAUGGCUGUAAAAAGUGAUUCCUUUGUGUGAGCCUACAGUUUUAAAUUGACCAUAGACUGCGAAUCUUGAGAGUUCGUGUGUAAAUAAAAUAAAAAAAUGUUCUCGCCAAUAAAACAAAAGUGAUAAUUAUGUGUUUUCAGAGAAAAAUAGUCUAUUAUUGUAUGUACAAUCAGCAAAUUGUCAAGUUAUCAUAACAUAUUAUACUUUUUAUUUAUUCAGAUCUGUCAAAUUUCAUCAACUGACUGAGCUUUAUUCUGCUUAAUAUAAGAUUCACAAUCGCUUCGUGAACAUUUGACUAUACGAGGUAACAUAAGUGUCUUUGGCUGUACCGUGUAUUUUCAUUCAUAGGGCAACACGGAAGGGAAUAGAUUAAUUCCAUUCAAAUCAUUAUGUCAAUUUUGCGGAGGGGAAUAUGCAUACAUACUCAAUUUAACGUAAACGCUAAGCCAAUAUCGAAUUCGUAACGUUUGCGAGUCCGAAAUGUCAUUGUCAAAUGUGUAUCUACUGAUUUUUAGUUCUCGUUACGUACUUUGUGGCGUUGCUGUUUAAGGGUGUAUUCCGAAUCAACCACCAGUACGCUGGCCAGUGGUAAUGACGCCAUGAUUUCGACGCCAUAUUGACAACACUACUACUGUGCAGUAUGGCGUCGAAAUCAUGACGUCAUUACCGCUGGCCAGCGUACUGGUUUAUAUUUCGGAAUACACCAUAGGUUUCCAUACAAAAUUUGACAUUUCAUAGUUGCAAACUAUUUGACUUCGAUAAUGGUUCGUGCUAGGUGUACAGUACCCCUUACCACGAACCAAUAUCGAAUUCGAAUAGUUUGCGAGUGCGAAAUGUCAAUGUCACAUUUUGUAUGGAAACUUGAACAGCAGCGCGCAACAACGGACGUAACGACAACUAAACAUUAUUACACAUUUGACUUAUAAAAUUUAAUUCUUAUGACUUCGCACACACUCGCAUUAAGCUAGUGUUUAUUUACAGCACAACUUAUUUACCUGGAUUUAGAUAUUAAACUAAAACUAGACAAAAAUUAAAAAUAUUAAAAAAAUAGCUGCCCUAAGUCUUCCCCGUCGGCAAAGGUUCCCAGGACGCUGGCGGCAUUUCCCCUCUGAAUAGCGAGGCUUAUGCGCUGGGCGAAAUAACCGCCAGCUCUGCGGUCUCCAGUGGUCUCCACCAAUCUUUUCGCGAUAUCUUUGAAAAGAUGGUGGGCACCGGGGCCCCAGCCGCUCUAGCAUGACCACAGAAACGGGAUAUGAUAAAGCGAUAUAUCGACAUUAACUGUCAGACUACUAUGGAGUUUGACAGUAGUCUGACAGUUAAUGUCGAUAUAUCGCUUUAUCAUAUCCCGUUUCGGU